CGAUACGACAGGGCUACCAUGUCACACAGGCCGUUCCACUUCCUCUUGGCUCUGUGUGUACGUCCUAAAAUACGGCAAGUUUGUUCGUUGCUGAAGUUCUAGGAGCGCCGACACCAUGCCCGCCGAAGUCGAAAAAGCGCCGGGAGACCAAGCCGGCGAUAUCAAGUCCGCUGAGGAGCCCCCAAAGACCGUACUGACACUCGAAAUCCUGCAGAUAAUAAAGGACGCUCAGCAGAAGCAUGGCCUCAGGCACGGAGACUACCAGCGCUACAGGGGCUACUGUAGCAGACGUCUUCGCCGUCUGCGCAAGUCGCUGCACUUUCUGCAAGGCAACAAGCACCGGUACCAGGGACGCGAGGUGACCGAUGAGCUUCUCGGGGGUGGCGACGCCCGCUACUUGCUCAUGAUCGUCGUCCAGUGUGAGCGGGCGUGGGCGCACGCCAUGCAGCUGCGUCAGGAGGCCAACACGGAGCCGCGCAAGCGGUUCCACCUGUUUGGACGUCUGCGCAAGGCUGUCAAGCAUGCGCAGGCCUUGGAAGUGCUGUGCACAGCAUCAACACGUUGCGAUGCUCGUUGCAAGCUGGAAGCUCAGGCCUACUGUGCUUAUCUCGAGGGAACCCUCCACACUGAACUGCAGCAGUGGAAGGAAGCCAUGGAAAGCUUCAGCAAGGCGCAGACCAUCUACGAGAAGUUGGCUCAGGCCCUCGGAGAAGUGCCGCGCGCCCUCUACCAGCAGCGGGUUGACGAGCUGAGCCCAAGCCUGCGCUACUGCGCAUACAACAUCGGCGACGAGACGGCCAUCUCGGACCUGAAGCGCAUGCGGCUCCAGGGCAACGUCACCAUGGGAAACGAGCUGGACCACCUGAUCGAGCAGGCACGCGAGAAGCAGGCGAGCAGCCUGUCGGAGGUGACGUGGCUAGGCCGCACAGUGCCCGUGCGUCACGAGAAGGUGCGCCUGUUCUUGCUGGCCGCGCAGGAGGCGCCCCGUGAACUGGCACAGGCGCCUGACAUUGAAGCCAAGAUUGCCGUGCACGAGCGGCUACUCUUUGACUGCAAGGAUGCCCUACAGCUUCUGCGCGAGGAGCUGCGUGCCGAAGGGGGCGGUGGUCAACAGGGCAAGGGUCCAGUGUCCGCGCUGCAGCUGCUGCACUCGUACCUGUCCUACUUGCGCCAACGCACCACGGUCGAGCGCAACCUCCUGCUCAUCCGACAGUUGGAGCAGAACGAGUCCGGCCCCAAGAAGCCCCAGGACCUCGUCCGGCCCUACGAGAUCAUUGUCCAGUGUCUGGGCGAGAUGCUGCAGCUUCCGGGCGUGGAAGAGGGCACGGACUUUGCGGAGCAGGUCCAGGCGGAGUUGCUGCUGUACAAGGCACACCGAGUGCGCCACAUUGGGCAGGCACUGGCUGCGGCGGGUCGCUACCCCGAAGCUAUGGCGCUGUACCGACGUGGUCGAGACUACGUCCAGCAAGCCCUUGCUGUCUCCUCUCACCUGAGCAAGGAGGCAGUGGCUUCGUUGAAGGAGCUGGACAGUAUCCUGGAGGGCCAGGUCUAUUCGGUGCAUGCCCAGAGCAUUCUUGGAUCAGAGGCUGAAGCGCCCACACCCGAGGACAACAAGGAGAUUCAGUUACUGGUGGAUCGCCUGGACACUUAUCUCGAGGACAAGAGUCUGACGACCUCAAAGCCCAACAUCGCUGCCUUCCCGCCUCCAUUCGAGCCCAUUCCAUGCAAACCACUCUUCUUCGACCUCGCCCUCAACCACAUCGAGUUUCCGUCGCUUGACGACGUUGUCGACACCAAGAAGGGCCAAGGCCUCACAGGCUUCGUCAAGGGAUGGCUGGGUGGAUGGAAGAAAUAGCCCGCCCCAGUGUUUGUUUGCAAGGUCCACGGUGUGCUUCUUUCAUCGCUUUCAAUGUUUCACUUUGUUUGAAAAGCACUGUGCCCAACCGAAUAAAACAACAAAGCCAUUGUUUCUUUCA